UUUUUUUUUUCUUCCUCUUCAUUCCAGAUGCCAGAAGAAGUUGAAACAUUCGCUUUCCAAGCUGAGAUUGCUCAGCUGAUGUCAUUGAUCAUCAACACAUUCUAUUCCAACAAAGAAAUCUUCUUGCGUGAAUUGAUUUCCAACGCUUCCGAUGCCUUGGAUAAAAUCCGCUAUGAAUCAUUGACCGAUCCCUCGAAAUUGGAUUCUGGCAAGGAAUUAUAUAUCAAAUUGAUACCCAACAAGACUGCUGGUACCUUGACAAUCAUCGAUACCGGUAUUGGUAUGACCAAAUCUGAUUUGGUCAACAAUUUGGGUACCAUUGCCAAGUCUGGCACAAAGGCUUUCAUGGAAGCGUUGCAGGCUGGCGCUGAUAUUUCUAUGAUUGGUCAAUUUGGUGUUGGUUUCUACUCUGCCUACUUGGUUGCCGACAAAGUCACCGUCACCUCAAAACACAACGAUGACGAACAAUACGUUUGGGAAUCAUCUGCCGGUGGCUCUUUCACAGUGCGUGCCGACAACUCUGAACCAUUGGGUCGCGGUACCAAGAUUGUUUUGUACAUCAAGGAAGAUCAGACUGAUUACUUGGAAGAGAGCAAGAUCAAGGAGAUUGUAAACAAACACUCUCAGUUCAUUGGCUACCCCAUCAAAUUGCUCGUCGAGAAGGAACGUGACCAAGAAGUUUCCGACGAUGAGGGUGACGAUGAAAAGAAGGAAGAAGAAAAGAAGGAUAUGGAAACCGACGAACCAAAGAUCGAAGAUGUUGGUGAAGAUGAAGAUGCCGACAAGAAGGACAAGGAUGGCAAAAAGAAGAAGACCGUCAAGGUUAAGUACACCGAAGAUGAAGAAUUGAACAAGACCAAGCCAAUCUGGACUCGCAAUCCCGAUGAUAUCUCUCAAGCCGAAUACGGUGAAUUCUACAAAUCCCUCACCAACGAUUGGGAAGACCAUUUGGCCGUCAAGCACUUCUCAGUUGAAGGUCAACUUGAAUUCCGUGCUCUGCUCUUCAUCCCCCGCCGCACCCCAUUCGAUCUCUUCGAAAACCAGAAGAAACGCAACAACAUAAAAUUGUACGUUCGUCGCGUCUUCAUCAUGGACAACUGUGAAGACCUCAUUCCUGAAUACUUGAACUUCAUCAAGGGUGUCGUCGACUCUGAAGAUUUGCCCUUGAACAUUUCCCGUGAAAUGUUGCAACAGAACAAAGUAUUGAAGGUUAUCCGCAAGAACUUGGUCAAGAAGACCAUGGAAUUGAUUGAAGAACUCUCCGAAGACAAGGAACUCUACAAGAAGUUCUACGACCAAUUCAGCAAGAACUUGAAAUUGGGUGUCCAUGAAGACAGCAACAACCGCGCUAAGAUUUCCGACUUCUUGCGCUUCCACACAUCCGCCUCUGGCGAUGACUACUGCUCCUUGGGCGAUUACGUUUCCCGCAUGAAGGAGAACCAGAAACACAUCUACUUCAUCACUGGUGAAUCCAAGGAACAAGUUGCCAACUCUGCCUUCGUUGAACGUGUCAAGGCUCGUGGCUUCGAAGUUGUCUACAUGACCGAACCCAUUGAUGAAUACGUCAUCCAACACUUGAAGGAAUACAAGGGCAAGCAAUUGGUCUCUGUCACCAAGGAAGGCUUGGAAUUGCCUGAAGAUGAAGAAGAAAAGAAGAAGCGUGAAGAGGAUAAGGCCAAAUUCGAAAACCUCUGCAAGCUCAUGAAAUCCAUCUUGGACAACAAAGUCGACAAAGUCGUCGUUUCCAACCGUUUGGUUGAAUCUCCAUGCUGUAUUGUAACAUCACAAUUCGGUUGGUCUGCCAACAUGGAACGUAUCAUGAAGGCUCAAGCUUUGCGUGAUACCUCCACCAUGGGUUACAUGGCUGGCAAGAAACACUUGGAAAUCAAUCCCGAUCAUCCAAUCAUCGAGACCUUGCGUCAAAAGGCCGAAGCCGAUAAGAACGACAAGGCCGUCAAGGAUUUGGUUAUCUUGUUGUUCGAGACCUCCCUGCUCUCAUCUGGCUUCUCCCUUCAAAGCCCACAGACCCAUGCCAGCCGUAUCUACCGCAUGAUCAAGCUUGGUCUCGGUAUCGACGAAGACGAACCCAUGGCUGCUGAAGAAACACAAAGUGCCGGUGAUGCUCCUCCAUUGGUCGAUGAUACCGAAGAUGCUUCUCACAUGGAAGAAGUCGAUUAAAUACUUAACCCCCGCCCUUCCUCUUAACGUAUAAGUAGCUUUUAAGAGUUU